AUGGAGCUGGCGGCAGGGAACCUCAGCGAAGGGAACGCGAGCUGGCCCGAGCCCCCGGCCCCGGACCCUCCGCCGUUCCUGGGCAUCGGCGUGGAGAACUUCAUCACGCUGGUGGCCUUCAGCCUGAUCUUCGCGCUGGGCGUGCUGGGCAACAGCCUGGUCAUCACCGUGCUGGCGCGCAGUAAGCCGGGCAAGCCGCGCAGCACCACCAACCUGUUCAUUCUCAACCUGAGCAUCGCCGACCUGGCCUACCUGCUCUUCUGCAUCCCCUUCCAGGCCACGGUGUACGCGCUGCCCACCUGGGUGCUGGGUGCCUUCAUCUGCAAGUUCAUCCACUACUUCUUCACCGUCUCCAUGCUGGUCAGCAUCUUCACGCUCGCCGCGAUGUCCGUGGACCGCUACGUGGCCAUCGUGCACUCCCGGCGCUCGGCCUCCCUGCGGGUGUCCCGCAACGCGCUGCUGGGCGUGGGCUGCAUCUGGGCUCUGUCUGUGGCCAUGGCCUCGCCCGUGGCCUACCACCAACGCCUCUUCCACCGGGGCCCCGGCAACCAGACCUUCUGCUGGGAGCAGUGGCCCGACCAGCGCCACAAGAAGGCCUACGUGGUGUGCACGUUCGUCUUCGGCUACCUGCUGCCGCUGCUGCUCAUCUGCUUCUGCUAUGCCAAGGUCCUUAAUCACUUGCACAAGAAGUUGAAGAACAUGUCCAAGAAGUCCGAAGUGUCGAAGAAAAAGACGGCGCAGACGGUGCUGGUGGUGGUCGUGGUCUUCGGGAUCUCCUGGCUGCCGCACCACGUCAUCCACCUGUGGGCCGAGUUCGGGGUCUUCCCGCUGACGCCGGCCUCCUUCCUGUUCAGGGUCACGGCGCACUGCCUGGCCUACAGCAACUCCUCCGUGAACCCCAUCAUCUACGCCUUCCUCUCCGAGAACUUCCGCACGGCCUACAAGCAGGUGUUCCGCUGCCGCGCGCGCGCCGAGUCGCCCCUCGGGGGCGCCAGAGACCCCAGGAGUCAGCCGGACACCCCGCCGUCAACCAACUGCACGCACGUGUGA